AUGUCAUUUCAUCCGCAGGUUAGUGAUUCCUUUGAUAACACAUUAACUACUGGGUCGCUACGAAGUACAAAGACAGGGUCUUGGAUAAACCAAGAGAAGAUCCGCGAAGUUAAAAGAUUCAAUGAUUUUAGAACAAUAGACUGGGUAGAGGACGAACUUGAUGAGCAGAAACAACGAUUUCUAAAAGUCAAGCGAAUCUCAAGUAAGGGAAGCAAUUUCAAGGAUAAAGUAAUAUCACAGGUACUCAAUUGGCUUGUGCUAGCGGCAAUGGGAAUUAUUAUAGGUUUAAUUGCAGGAAUCUUGAACAUAGUAACAUCCUUUCUUGCGAGUAUAAGAGUAGGACAUUGUAAAGAGACUUUCUACUUGAACGAAUCCUUUUGCUGCUGGGGCGAGAAUAACGAACAUUGUGAAAAAUGGCAGAGCUGGUCCCGUUUUGAAGUCUUGAAUUAUUUCAUGUUUGUUGUUUUAUCACUCACAAUGUCAUUAGUAGCCGCCAAGUUGGUCAAGUUUUACGCUCCGUUUGCCGCUGGUUCAGGUAUAUCUGAAAUCAAGUGCAUCAUAUCGGGGUUCGUUAUGGAUGGCUUUCUAGGAUGGAAGACACUUUUGAUCAAAAGUAUUGGAUUGCCCUUGGCAAUUGGCUCUGGUUUAAGUUUGGGCAAAGAAGGGCCGAGUGUUCACUAUGCAGUAUGUGUCGGUAACUCAAUUGCCAAGUUGGUAGCAAAGUAUCGAAAAUCAGCUUCAAAAGGUCGGGAGUUUUUGACAGCAACUGCUGCCGCCGGCGUAGCUGUUGCAUUUGGUUCGCCUAUAGGCGGUGUAUUGUUUGCUACUGAGGAAAUGUCCUCUGUGUUUUACUUGUCCACGUUGUGGAAAUCGUAUUUUUGCUCCUUGGUUGCAGUUACAACAUUGGCGACAAUGAACCCUUUUAGAACAGGCCAAUUGGUGUUAUUUGAGGUAACGUAUGAUACAAACUGGCAUUAUUUUGAGAUUCCAGUAUACAUUGUUUUGGGAAUCUUUGGAGGGGUGUAUGGAAUAGUAGUGUCGAAAUUGAAUAUUCGAGUGGUUGCUUUUCGAAAGAGAUUUCUUGCAAACUGGGCAGUACAAGAGGUUUUUCUAUUGACUUUGCUCACUGCAAGUUUCUCGUAUUUCAACCAGUUUUUGCGGUUGGAUAUGACAGAGUGUAUGCAGAUUUUGUUUCACGAAUGUGAUGCAAAUUUCAACAAUCCUAUUUGUGACCCAGAGCAAAGAAAAGCUGGCAUUUUCGUAUCCUUGCUAUUUGCAACAGUAGCAAGGAUGGGUCUAACAAUAGUCACGUACGGUUGCAAGGUACCUGCUGGAAUUUUUGUACCAUCAAUGGCAACUGGUGCGACAUUUGGAAGAGCAUUGGGCAUCUUGGUGGACUAUAUAUAUCGCCGAUAUCCAGAGUUCUUUUUGUUUUCGGCAUGCCGCGAUGAAGAAAAAUGUGUAAUACCGGGAAUCUAUGCCUUUUUAGGAGCUGCUGCUGGAUUGUGCGGGAUAACAGAUUUGACAGUAACUGUUGUGAUUAUUAUGUUUGAGUUAACAGGAGCGGUUCGUUAUAUUAUUCCAACAAUGAUUGUAGUUGCAAUCACAAAAAGUAUUAAUGACAAAUGGGGGAAGGGGGGCAUUGCUGAUCAGAUGAUUCAAUUCAAUGGGUUACCGUUGAUUGACGCAAAAGAGGAAUUUACAUUUGGUACAGAUGUGACAUCGGCUAUGUCUACCGUGGUUGUUGCUUUUUCAAGUGACGCAAACAAUGUAUUGACCGUGGGCCAGUUGAGAAAGAUUUUGACAAAAACCGAUUAUCGUGGUUUCCCAAUUAUUCUUUCUGGAAACAACCCCAAAUUGUAUGGUCACAUUUCGCGAUACGAACUAGAGCACAUUCUUUCUCAACACAGAGACAUAAAUGAAGAGUCCUUGUGCAACUUCAAUAAGAAGGAAAGCGGUUUCGUAAACAGACUAGAUUUCAGUGGUUUGGUCAAUACGUCACCGUUAACAAUAAGUUCUAGCACUUGCUUGGAAUACGUUUUGGACAUGUUUGUAAAACUAGGUCCAAGGUACAUUUUGGUUGAGCAAGAUGGUUUUUUGAUUGGUAUCAUUACAAGAAAAGAUAUUCUACGAUACGAAUACUCAAUGCAUGCGACCGAUGAUGCUCAACAACAGCGGCAAGAUGAACAAGAUGCAAAAGUUUGGGAGUUUAUCAAUUUGACCAUUGUAUCAAUGAAGAAGAAUUUGGGUAAACUUUUAUUCAAUGACCCUACUAGGUAUCUAGUUUAA